CACUCGGCCCGGUUGGUGAGUUUGUUAUGACAAGUCGAGGCCUCGGACUAAAUUAGGAGCGUAGCCCCCUGUGUUUGUCCAGGCGAUUCCGCGAUGGAAGGCAUGGACCUGGACCUGGACCAGGAGCUCAUGCAGAAAUUCAGCUGCAUGGGAACAACAGACAAAGACAUCUUGAUUUCGGAAUUUCAGCGGCUGCUUGGGUUUCAGCUAAACCCCGCUGGAUGCGCCUUCUUUCUGGAUAUGACCAACUGGAAUUUACAAGCAGCCAUCGGAGCCUACUAUGACUUUGAGAGUCCCAACAUCAGUGCACCAUGCAUGUCCCUAGUGAAGGAUGUGACGAUCGGGGAAGGGGAAUCAGUACCACCAGACACACCUUUCACAAAGACCUGGAGAAUACAGAACACAGGUGCAGAGUCAUGGCCUCCAGGGGUUUGUCUCAAGUAUGUUGGAGGAGAUCAGUUCGGUCAUGUGAACAUGGUGAUGGUGCGGUCUCUGGACCCGCAGGAAAUGACUGAUGUUAGUGUGCAAAUGCAGAGCCCAGUGUCUCCUGGUAUGUACCAGGGCCAGUGGAGGAUGUGUACGGCUACAGGACUUUACUUUGGAGAUGUAAUUUGGGUGAUCCUGAGCGUAGAGGUCGGAGGCCUUCUUGGCGUCACGCAGCAGCUUUCCUCGUUCAAAGCCGAGUUCAACACCCAACCUCACCGCAACCUGGAGGGAGACUACAACCCCUUCGCCUCGCCAGAGAAGAGCAAGUGCCCCAACAGCAACAACAACAGCCUCCAUGAUGCCAGCGGUCACAGGGUCACAGAGCUGCAGCAAGAUCAGAAUGGACUCUCACACAACUCUGUGGAUUUAGUAGCAAACAGUCUACAAAACAAUUUAUCAGUAGUUGCUUAUAACCAGGGUAUACAGGAGCCCUAUCCCUUUGGGCACUCUUAAAUCAUGGGACUUGUCACAGUGAAGCAGCACUGAACCUCUGGAUCGAGUCACAUCUGUAAGAGAAUGAAGAGGCUUUAUCAGCAGCUGGAAAAGAGACUGGAGAUUCAAAAACACUUUAUGCAAACUCCAGCUUCACUUUUUUUUCUUAUGAACCAGAAGCCAAUGCUCCUGACGUGCAGCUCAACCAACAUCCCACAACCCACUGUAUGCACGUGUGAAUGCUAAGUUAAAACUGAGUGCUAUGGGUCCUUGUGAGUGACUUUUUUUAGUUGUUGGAGUGCAAAUGAAACAGUGACAGGAGUGUGUAUUUGUGGAAUUGUGUGUAUAUGUGUGUGCAACCAGAAUGAGAGACUUUGGAGGAAAAGCCAUUUAAAUUUGCCAACUGAUUCUCCAGUUUCUGCUCUGACUCUUUGUGCAUCAUAACAUUGGAUAUCAUCAAUUACUUUAUAUCCUAAUUUUAAUUCCCCCUUUUGAAUAAGGGGAAAAGCAAAAAAAAAAAUCCCACCAGAAAAGUGUAUAUGACAAACAUUUAAAGGAUGUCAACUUAACGAAAUAAGUUUUGUGUAUUAAGGGUAAACUAUGCUCUCAUUGUAUAUGCAUAUUUAGAUGCAGUGUCAUUGUAGUCCACUGGAGGGAGUCUACCACUACUCCUACAAACUAAAACAUCAACAGAGAUAGACAAAAAACACAACUAGAAUUUAUAGUCCCUUUUAGUAAAAAAUACUCAUUGUAAACUUCAGCAUGGAAGCUAUGAAGGACAGCCAAUGAAGCUGUGUCAUUGCUGGCACUCAGUAUAAACACAUUAUGAAGUUAUAGAAGAAUAUAAGAAGACUAUUAUAAAAGGUCAUAAGGAAGUAUUAGAGUCAUUUUUAGAAUCUAAGUGAAGCUUAUUUUUACAUGCUUGCAUCAAGUUAAACUCAGAAAUUAACAGAUUUAAUGCACAAUAUGGCAGAAAACAUUUUAUUCCAGCCAUAAUGAUGGCAGACAAGUUAAACUUUACAUUUAUAAACAAUUUUAUAUAUAAAUUCAAUUCUAAAGCUGUUUUGGACUUGCUUCUAUCAUAUUGAGUUGAAUGUAAUUGUUGAAUGUAGAAGAGGAAAAUGUAUUUGGAAACUCAUUAAUUUACCCAAAGAUUGAACAUUGUAUAUUUACAUUGAACAUUUUUAUGGGUGUAAUUAUUCUGAAUUUUCUUGUCUGUUGUUCAAAUUACAUGUAAGGUGUUCCACAUUUAUGUCCUAUAAAUGUUUUCAUUCAUCAUCAAUAAGCUUCUUACAAAAACUGACUUGUGUUUUAAGUCUGUAAGAUGCAAACUUUAACAGCAGCAGUUGAAUAAAAUUGAAAGAAUCACA